UUGCAUAACACCUCCUUCUGUAGAGAGGUGCUUGUCAGACCAGUUCUCAGGCUGUUUGUCUGUUCCUUUUAUGGGAAGCCCUCUUAGCCAGAAUUUAAAGCUCAAGAAACAACUUUUGAUUCAGAGAAAGGUGUAGCCGACCACUGUUUUAUGCUGCUGACAUUUUUGGAAUAUUUUUUAACACAUCUCACAGGAGCUUGACGGGACUUUGAAUGUGUUUGCUCUAAAAGGAGAAGACAUCUCAGCAGCUGUGAGACUUCACUGUCUGGAUCAUGUUCUCCUCUGCCACGCCGUACAAAAACCAGCACUAUGCUGACCUGAGGAAGGACUGCAUCAGGGAUAAAACACUGUUUGAGGAUCCAGAGUUCCCAGCCACCAAUUCAUCGCUGUAUUUUAGGAAACCUCCUCCUGGUGCUGUGCAGUGGAAACGACCAGGGGAAAUAAGUGAAGAUCCUCAUCUUUUUGUGGAAGGCAUCAGCUCUCAUGACUUGAACCAGGGAGUUGUGGGAAACUGCUGGUUUGUUGCCGCCUGCUCCUGUCUGGCUUUAAAGCCACACCUCUGGAAAAAGGUGAUUCCUGACUGGAAGGAGCAGGAAUGGGAUCCCAAACACCCAGAGGACUAUGCUGGGAUCUUUCACUUUCAGUUCUGGAUCUUCGGUGAGUGGGUAGACGUGGUGGUGGAUGACCGGCUGCCCACGAUCAACGGUGAACUCAUCUACUGUCACUCUAAAAACAACAAUGAGUUUUGGAGUGCUCUGCUGGAGAAGGCCUACGCCAAGCUCUCAGGCUGCUAUGAGUCCCUGGAGGGCGGAAACACUGGAGAUGCUGUGGUGGAUUUCAGUGGAGCUGUGGCUGAAGCCAUCAACCUGGAACAAGAGGCUUACCAUAAUGACCAAGCAAAGCAAGACAAACUGUUUGAGGACCUACUAAAGGUGUACGACCGUGGAGGAAUCAUAAGCUGCUCCAUUAAGGCAGAGCCUCAUGAAAUUGAGCUGAAGAUGGUGAACGGGUUGGUGAAAGGUCACGCAUACUCAGUUACUGCAGUGAAGAGGGUGCGUUUGGGUCAUGGGCUAAUAGCUUACUUCAGAAAUGAAACCAUCCCCCUGAUCCGCAUGAGAAACCCCUGGGGCAAGACUGAAUGGAAAGGAGCCUGGAGUGACAGCUCUGAGGAGUGGUCAAAAGUUGGCGACACAGAGAGAGGAAACCUUGGCAUCACGGUGGAGGAUGAUGGAGAGUUCUGGAUGUCCUUCACCGACUGGUGCAAGUCCUUCACAGACGCGGACGUUUGCCGCCUCAUCAACACUUCACUGAUCAGCAUCCACAAGACAUGGAAUGAGGCUGUGCACUUUGGGAGCUGGAGUAAACACGCGGAGCCGCUGUUAAACCGCUGUGGUGGCUGUGCUAACCACAAACAGACAUUCCUGCAGAACCCACAGUACCUGUUUGAUGUUACGAAGGAGGCUGAUGAGGUCCUGAUCUCCUUGCAACAGAGAGACAUGAAGAUCCACAGAAGAUUUGGUCAAGGGGAAAACCUAACCAUUGGCUUCGCUGUAUUCAAGGUGGAGCUGAACAGGAAGUAUCGGCUGCAUGACAUUCUGACUCAACCGUGUGUGGCCACCUCCACCUACAUCAAUGCCCGGACUGUGUUCAUGAGAUGUGUGCUGUCUCAGGGCAGAUAUGUCAUCAUCCCCACCACCUUCAAGCCUCACGUACUGGGGGAUUACAUGAUCCGAGUUUUCACUGACGUGGACUCAGGCUGCCGGGAGCUGACAGAGGACAAGCCAAAGGUAAAAUGCUGGAGUUCAUUCCUUGGAUACCCACAGGUUGUGACGCAUGUGUAUGUCCAUGAAGCGGAGGGCCUUCAGAACCAGGACAAUACGGGAGGUGCCGACCCCUAUGUGAUCAUAUCCUGCGAGGGCCGUUCAGUAAGAUCUGUCAUCAAGAAGGAUACUUUGCAGCCAGAGUUUGCGACCAGCGGCAUUUUCUACAGGAAGAAAACCAGAAAGCCCAUAACUGUUGAGGUGUGGAACAGCAACGCCGUGAAGGACGAAUUUAUGGGCCAAGUAGUGUUAUCUGGGACGGUGAAGGACACCACCGACCCUCAGAGGCUUCAGCUGCGGAAGAGAGGUCGGCAGAUGGCUGAUGAGAUGCCCGGCAGCAUCAGCCUGAGGGUCUUUACUUCGACUCAGCUCACUGCCAUAUGAUCUGUUGAGAGACCUGAGAGAGGGCUGAGCUGUUUUCAGCUCUCAACUAUGCCAACAUCAUGUGUAACUUAUUCGACAUGUGCCAUGACCAAAAAUGCUCAAUACAACCUUUGUUUUCAUACUAAUCAUGCUAUUAUUUGCGCAGUGGUGAAUUAUGUGAGCGGUUUACAGGGCAGCACGGCACGGCUGGACGGACUGAAUAUCACUUUCUAUAGGCAUAUCAUUCAAAUGUUUAGUCUUAAGUCGUUAUUAAAUAUUUUUUCAUAACUUAAAAAUAUUUUUAUACAUUUUUAUAGAUGUAUCCAUUCCUUACAUCAUACUGUGAGUAAUAUGACAAACUGACACACUAGACAUACCGUAAGUUAUAUGGGAGCAUUUACCAAAAUAAUGGCUUAAAUGAUGGUUUUGCAAAGAAACUUGCAGUAUGUACAACUAUAUAUGAGUAUAUAUAACACCUGUACCUUCUGUGCUUUUCUUCCACUCAGUCAUGAUCAUGCUUCAAUCUCAUGAUUAACAAAAUGCAAAACUAUAAAUGGAGUAAAUCUUAAAAAAUAAAUUCAUCCUACAACCAAGCA